GACGCGUCAGGGGUUUUCUCUCCCCCCCAGUUAUCCCCCAGUUUACCUCCGGACGAGCCUGUAAUGGAUUACUCCAGUUCUCCCAGCAACCCGUACGGAUUUUGAGAAUCCUUUGCAUUUUUUUCCCUGCUCAAAAUUUCUCAUUCAAGUAAGAGGUCAGCAGGAUGGCUGAGAAGGACCCAGAAUCGCCUGGAAAAUUAAAGACAUUAUUAUAGCCAGUAUUGGCUUUUUCGGAAUAUCCGAACGGACAAUUUCCUUUCCCAACUCUCCCCGCUGUGGAUAAUGGAUGGCCGAGAUUUUGGACCUCCUCGAUCCGUCCACGUACCACCUCCGUUGUUCGCAAUGGAGUCUCACCGACUCGGAGCAGCAGCAGCAGCCGGGAGGAUCCCUCCCUCGCCCGGCCACUUGGGCGCGAGUCAUCCGCCGCCACUCCACUCUGGAAAAUUCCUGCCAUCGGCCAUUAACCUACAUCCACAUCAUAGCGAUGCCUUCCCAGCAGGCUCCAGUCCCUUCCUGUCCAGCUAUCCAGGACCUUCCCCCUUGACCUCUGACCCCGCGUACAGAGCCGCCAACCCCAGCAGUCUGCAGAUGGCCCAGCUCUGGGCCUCACACGCCCAUGAAGGCUACCCCCCUCUGCCAAGCAGCCUGUACCCGAGUCCCUUCCUGCCUCUGGGGCACCUCGACCCCCCCUCCCUGUCCCAGCACUCUCUUUACGACUCUCACAAAGAGGGCUUCUACUUGCCAGCCUCCAUGAGCCAAUCACCCCUCCACCCUCCCACCGCAGCCCCCGCCACCCCGUCCAGCUCCACUCCUCCUCAGAGGACGUCCCGGGACGGGGGGAGAGACAGGCCGUACCGGGGGGAGAGGGAGCGAGAGAGGGACAGGGAGAGAGAGCGAUCCAGGGAGGAGCAGCGGCCGCACAGCGUUGUGGAUCUGACGCAGGAUGGGCGGAGCGAGGACGACCGGAAGGCAAGGAACGGCGAGAGGGAGCGGGACAAAGAGAGGGAGAGAGAGAGGGAGAGGGAGAGAGAGAGGGAGCAGAGCUGGUCCCUCCAUCCUCACUCACAGUCGUCACACUCCCAGCCCUCCUCAGCUCCAGAGCCCAGAACCAGGCCUCUGCCUCCCCAGGCCUCCCUCCCUGCCGGAGGCACGGGCAGGUAUCCUGGCCCGGACACGGACAGAGGGGGCCGAGAGGACGACGGCUCUCGCCCCCACCAAAACCACAACUCGAACAUCUCAAACUCUCAUGCAGACAGAGACCGGCAGAGGAGGAACGACUCGGUGGCCACUUCCGUCGGGACCCUCCACAUCUACGGCCUCCCCCCCGCGCUGCAGCCCUCCACUGCCGGCGUGCCCCUCCCCUUGCCCCAUUCCUCCAUGCCCAGGGAGCCCAACAGAGAGCAGCGAGUGAGCGCGCCGACAUACGUGCCUUCUGUGGAGGUAUACGACGAGCGGGCGGGGCCCAUCCAGAUCGCCUCGCAGGCCCGCGACAACAAACACAGCGACAAACACAGAGACCGAGAGAAGGAGCGAGAGCGGGAGAGAGACAGGGAGAGGGAGAGGGAGCGGGAGAGAGACAGAGACAGAGAGCGAGAGAGAGACAGGGAGAGAGACAGAGAGCGCGAGCGAGAGAGAGACAGGGAGAGGGAGAGCUACAGGCUUCCUGAGAGGAGCUUGUUGGAACAUUCUCGCAUCUCCCAUUCCAGCGAGUCAACCAAUCAGAGGGAGGAAGGCUCUGUGAUUCGUACCAAUGGUUCCAUUGGGAAACGGUCCCAGGACACGGCCUACUCCUCCAGCCAAUCAGGGUUCAGCCCGGAUGCCAGGGACAUGCCUAAACACUCGAUCCGGCUGGGUGUAGAGCGCGCAGGGCUGGAGCCCAAGUGGAAUAACAUCAGCCCAUUGGCCAACUACGCCACCAGUCACAUGGCGGCCCUGGCAGCCCAGCACGGGCACACACUCCCCUCCCCCCACAGCCAGCCCCCCCACACACAGACGUCCCAUUCCCCGCACACAGCCCUGGGUGCCCAGCACCAGCCCAACCAUAAUCCACACUCCCCGCACAUGCACCCAUCCCAACACGGACACAGUGGGCAUGGCCGCGCGGGUGAGGAGGGGAGUCAGAGACGCUACCUGGACCCCUCGGCGCUCUACCGGCCCGGGGUGUCGCUGGUGGGCGAGCGAGGGGGCGGCACAGGCUCGGAGCCCUCCGAGGUCUCAGCCAUGCAGAGCCUGAUUAAAUACAGCGGAAACUUCCCCGCUGAGAGCCCGGGGUCCUCCAGGCACAGCAUGGACGGCCGAGGCCCCUUCGGGGGUCUGGGGAGCAUGCGGCUAGAGAGUGAACGAGAGAGAGAGCGGGAGAGGGAAAGGGAGAGGGAGCGGGAAAGAGAAAGGGAGCGGGAGAAGGAAAGGGAAAGGGAACGGGUUGGCGUUGGAGUUGGAGUUGGAGCAGGAGGUCUCGGGGCACUGAGGGUGCCUCCACAGCUGAAGAGAGAGCAGGAGCGGCCCGACAGCGCACGCUCGUUCGGGCGGGAGGGAGACGGCGAGGUGCGCCAUCCUCCCGUCGGCAUCGCGGUGGCCGUGGCCAGGCAGAGGGACAGCGGCAGCACCAGCAAACAGAACAGCGGACCCUCAGAGACACAGAGACCCCUGCUUCAGACGGCUAUCAAAGAUGAGGAGCGAGGGGAGGACCGCGCUCGUCACCAUGACGACAGACUGCUGGCCGGCCGCUUGGAACGCGAGCAGGAGAAAGUGCUCAGAGAGUCCAAGGAGCUCGCAGAGUUCACUCAGAUGCACCCGGCCCCCCUGUCCAGCGGCCUGACACCCAGUAUGAUGACACCCAGCCUGAUGACCCCCAACCUCAUGGUGACAGGAGGGGCUGCCCUGGCAGGGGCGGGGCGCUGGCCCGCUGACCCCUCCACUCUCACGUCUCACCCUUGGAUGCCCCGCCCUGGAGCCCCCUCAGUCUGGCUGCCCGGCUCACCCUACGGCCUGGGUCCCUCCUCGCUCCACCAGACCCUCCCCUCAGGCUACCCCCCCUCUCUGCCAGGCUCCAUGCCCCCUCCCUACCAGUUCGCCAGAGACCCGCAGUCUGGACAGCUAAUAGUCAUCCCUACUGAACACCUGCCACCCUACGGAGGCGAUGUGCUGGAGCGCGGCGCCCCGGUGUGGUCGGGGGUGUACAGCACAGGUAGCUCACUGCAGCACGCGGCCCAGGCCCAGCUCCAGCUCCUGUCCCAGCAGCAGAUGCUCCGGCAGCACGAGCUGCUCAUGAUCCAGCAACACACGGCGCAAGUCCUGGAGCUGCAGAGGAACGCACAGCUAGUAGAGCGUUUGAAGGCCAGCGAGCACCGGCCUGAGCUGGAGGACAAGGCGGACAAGCGCAGCUCCGAGCCCAAGACCCGCCCCUCCUCCAUCUCCUCCCCGUCCCCCUCUCCCGUCCUGCACCCCCGCAAGCCUCCGCCUCCCUCCCGCUCGCCGACGCCCUCCACCUCCUCCCUCACCCCGCUGCCGCCCCUCCCCUCCCCGGUGACCACGCUCAAGUCGGAGGAGGGCGGGCAGAGGGCGCUGUCUCACCCGCCGACGCCCCUGCCGCACCCACCCUCGCCCCGCUCGGCCUCGCCGCCGCCCUCCUCACCGCGCCGGCCGAAACAGGAGGCGGCGGAGGAGGGGGAGGUGGGGCGGCGGGAGCAGAGGGAGGGACAGAAGCCGCCGGCAGCCACGCCCUUCCAAGGCAUCUAUUCAGACCUCCCCCCAGGUUACCCUUACCAGUCCAUCACUGCGCCGUUCGGCUCUCCGUUCCCCCCUUACCACCUUCCACCUCCCGCCGGGGCAAACACAGAAACUGUCCCGCCCCUCCGCCCCCAUUCUCCAGCCCCAGCCGCCCCUCUUCCCCCAGCCCACCGCCACGCCAGGCAGCUGGAUGCAGAUGUCAAACCUCAGAACCUGGAGCUGACAGACUCGGGGCCCGCUCUCAAACAGGAACCAGACCUAGAGCCGCCGCCGCCGCCGCCGCUGGCCACGACUCAGGCGGCUCUGGGGCCGCUCCGCCGCAGCUGCAGCCCCGUCUUAGCCAACCAGGAGAGGCCGAGGGACAGGGAGGCCAUCAAGCCCCAGCCUCAGCCUCUACCUCUACCUCUGCAUGUCCCGAGUCCUCCACCACAGCAACGGGAGAGGCUGGAGGACGCCCGGGAGGAGGAGAAGGAAGGAGGGCAGAUCAAAAUGGAGGUGUCAUCUUACCCCUGUCAGGCAGCGUACCCGCAUCCCGCUCCUCUCCCGGAAGCGGAGCCUAAACCGGAGGUCGUCGAGGACUUGGAACGAGCGCGCUACCCGUCGUGCAUCGCUGCGGUCUCGGACGGACAGGAGGCGGCGGCGGCGGCUCAGAUGUGCAGGUCACUGGAGCAAAACGCCAGCGUCGUGUGUGAGCCCGAGCAGCCCGAAUCCCACACGAACUCGCGCUCUCCCCAUCAGAAGGAAAGCGCCCCUGAAAUUCCCCUCCACCCCCCUGCUGCCUCCACUCCUCCUCUCCCGCUCACCAUCGUCCCGGAGGAUCCCAUGGCGGGGAUGCUGGCGCUGCUGACCGCCAGCGAGAUGCCUCAGGCCAGCCCCAGCGCCCCGCCUGCACCCGCGCUCCUAACACAGGUGGAAGGCCCCCCCCAGGGCAGAGACUGCAGCAGCGCCGGGCCUCUGGAGGUUCUGGCUCUGGAGGGGAUGGCCCUGCUCAGCCACAUGGCCCAGCUGGAGAUGGAUCGCAUCAGCCAGGAGCAAGAUGUGGCACUCGGAGGUCUGGACUGUCUCUUGGAGGCAAGCAGACAAAUUCUGCUGGAGGCGAUCGAGAAACAGUCGCACAUCGACCUGCCCAGGCAGCUGGACCCCAACAAGAAGUACAGCUGGAGGCAGAGGAAGGAGGAGCCGUUGUUCAGCAAGGUGUCUAUGGAUGUGUUGGACGCAGUGGAAGUAGACUAUCGUGUUCGCCUGGCCGAGCUGCAGAAGACCUACAAGGACAAGCAGAGAGAGCUGGGCAAGCUGCAGAGACGCAGAGACCGGCACGAGCGGCAACAGCAGCAGCAGGAGGACGAGAGGCGGAGCCUAACCAGGCGGGGGAGGGGGAGACCCAGGAAGAGGAAACACUUGGCCACGCCUACCAAACUGGACAGCAGGCCUGGAAAGCUGGGUAGGCCACUGCAGUACUCUGAAGACUCGGAGGCUGGCGAAGGGCAGAGGAAGAGGUUCCGACUGUCCAGAGAGGAGGAGGAGAUCGAGGCAGGAAGCGGAGGAGUGAAGAUCAAAAAGAAGAAAAAGAAGAAGAAGAGCUGGAACGACCAGGAGCCGUCCACCAGUCACUCUCUCGAGGUGUUAAAGGCGAAGCGCGGCCACGUGUGCGAGCAGGAGCAGCUGGCGUCGGACCUGGACAGAGCCCUGUCGCUCACGCAGCUGGGCUCGCUCGGCGCGUGCCGCAAACUCACCUCAGACCCCAAAGCGGACAGGUCAAAGGGCAAGUCCGCGGACGGUCGGGGGAAGGAGCGAGGGAUGCAUUCGUCAGUGAAAGGAGGGAAACACAAAAUGGCUGCGAAGGCUUCGGCCUCAGAACCCGGCCGGAAGGUGAAAGGUCAGAAGAAGACGUCUUUGUUCUCUCCCAUGAGAUCAGAGCUCAGCAGCUGCUCCAACAACUCGGACUCGGAGGAGGACGGUUCGGCGCGAGGGGGCUGGCCCCCCCUCUCGGGGACGCGCUCCCACAGCAGCUUGGCCAGGAAGAGGCGGUCCGCGACGUCGCCGACAAACCUGCUGUCCAACCAGAAGUCUCACAAGAAGAAACAUAAGCACUUAUCGCUGCUGCUGGAGGAGGCUGGCCUCAGCUCCUCCGACGACUCCUUCGACCAAGAAUCCUCGGAGGAAGACGACGACGACGACGACGACGAGGAUAACGAGGACGAGUCGGAGUCGGAGGAGAGCGGCGAGGAGAGCGGCCUGGGCCUGCUGGCGAGGUUCGCCGCCAGCGCGCUCCCCGUCAACUCCGCCCCCUUGACCCUCCUCCACGACAGCAAGCGCCGCAGCCGGCAAAGCACCCUGGGCUCAUCAGAGUGCGAGUGGUCAGACUCGGGGUCUGACCUGCGCCUGAGGAAGUUCCCCUCGCUGCUCCAUGGCAAGCGCUCCGCCCCGGAGCUCCCCCUGUUGCCCCCGGCAACCCGCCGCAUCGACCAGGCCAGCCCCACCAAGCGAGACGAGGCCCAGCCGGUCAAGCGCAAGCCCCUGGCCAAGCCCGCCCGCCCCUCGCCCCGGUCGCCGCGGCGAUUCAGCUUCGACCUGGGCGCCGGCGCCGGCUCGGGCUCGGGCUUCGGCGGCUUCAGCGAGGACGAGGGCUGGACCCGCCGCCGCAGCGAGAGGAUCUUCCUCCACGACGCCACCGCCUCGGCCAACCAGGUCUCCCCGUCGACCUCCUCGGCCUCCGCCAGUCAGAGCUCUCCCUCCGCCUCGGCUGCUCCGCCCCUCGCCCCGAAGCCCGCCUCCAGACCCAAAAGCUCUCCGCCCAGCAGGGAGGGGAAAGACCUGGUGAAAAAGAAGAAAAUGAAAGACUCCCCUCUGCCUAUGAGCCCGCCCACUCUGUCUAGUCCAAUCACAGACGGCCCCGUGGCUUUAAGCCUCAGCCCGGCGCGCAAGAACCAGCCGAAAGCCAAGGCCAAGGCCAGAGAGCCCGCGAGGGGCGCGGUGAGCCGGCUCAUGGAGAGCAUGGCAGCAGACGAAGACUUUGAGCCCAACCAGGACAGCAGCUUCAGCGAAGACGAGCUCCUCCCACCGCGCAGCAACAGCCUAUCAGAGCGCUCCUCUACGCCUGCUCCGGUGCAGUGUGUGUUGGACAAGGAUUCUCUGGUGGACGGGCUCCGAGUGCUGAUCCCCAUGGACGACCAGCUGCUGUACGCCGGGCAUGUGAACACGGUGCACUCCCCUGACAUAUACAGUGUGGUGGUGGAGGGGGAGCGAGGGAACCGGCCGCACAUCUACUGCCUGGAACAGCUGCUGCAGGAGGCUAUCAUCGAUGUGAAGCCUCCGUCGGUACGCUAUCUCCCUGAGGGCAGCCGCAUCGCUGCCUACUGGAGCCAACAGUACCGCUGCCUCUACCCCGGCACUGUUGUUAACGGAAGCUCAGACAUUGACGAGAACGAUGACCUCAUCACGGUCGAGUUUGAUGAUGGAGACACAGGACGCAUCCCCCUGUCCCACAUCAGACUGCUGCCGCCGGACUACAAGAUCCACUGUGCUGAGCCCUCCCCUGCGCUGCUGGUGGCCAGCUGCUCCAGGAGGCGAGUCCGCAAAUGCAGCAAAGAGGGCAAAGAGGCGGGACAAAAGCCAGAGGAGACCGUACCUAAAAUCAAGGGAAAACCUGGUCGCAAACCUAAACCCAAACCUGAGACCUCAGUGAACCCAGAUGUCCGGGAGAAAGCUGAUCCACCGACCUCCUCCACCCAGCCGGCGGAGAGAGCCCAGCCUCCAGCCAAGCCUGCCCAGGACAGGGUCUCUUCUGCCCAGAAAGCAGCUCAGGAAAGGCCCCUGCCUGCGUCCAGGCCGACCUCGGGGAACCAGACAAAGCCGGGUCGAAAGAGCUCCACCAGCAGCACCACGACCAGCAGCAGCCAGGCUCUUGCACCCGGCCAGGCACCCAGGAAGGCCAGUUCAGCCCAACCUUCCCCUGCUAAACCGGCCCGAUCUCUGCCUCCGUCCCUCUACCCCUCCACCUACGGAAAGGUGCUGACUGUGGAUCUGUACAGCGAGCCAAAUCUCAGUUCUUACAACAGCCAGCGCAGAGAAAGGGAAAAUAACAGCGCGAGUCUCAACAGCACUGUCAGUCCCAGCGCCAGCAGACAGUUGUCUAGAUCCAACAUCGGAGCAUCAUCCGCUGCACCUAAAUCCAACGCUACCUCCGCCCCGAGACCCGCCUCCACUUCCACCCCAAAAAACAAACCGACUUCAGAUCGCCACAGCGGUUCCAGGUCGAGCCUCAGCUCUGGCCUCAUACCGAGUCCGAUAUCCCGGCUGUCCAGUUCGUCAACCAGCAAACCCAGCACAUCCUUGACCCCCAGACCUUCAUCGUCUUCGUUAUCAUCAUCGUCUACCCCUCGACCCAAACUCAAGAUGCCGUCCGAUCAGCUGUCCUCCGCUUCAAGACCUAGACCCGGUGCAGGACCCACCCCUAUCUCAAGACCUAAGCCCAGACCUGGGCAGAGUGAUGUGGGUUCAAGUGUGAGGCGGAAGCCCCUGUCUGCGGAGCCUCUUGUGAAGCUGGACCACGAGGGCGUCACCUCCCCCAAGACCAAGAAGACAAAGGCGCUGAUGCUGUUGGAGGGGCGGGGCAUUCGACGGGAUCACACACCCAUCACCACGACGACCACGGCCAGUCAAAAGCCACUGAAGGCCAAGGUGAGAACGCCGGAGAGCGAGGCCGUCCCACCGGAGAAGGACUCCGCCUACAAGCCACUGAUGCUGGGUAAGGACAAGGCGGACGGCCGAGGGCCCGGUGGUAGAGGACAGGAGAGGGACAAAAGAGAGGAGAAAGGGAAAAAAGAGGAAAGAAAGGAGCUGGAGAAAAGAGAGGAGAGAAAGGUGAAAGAGGAGUCUCAGAGUAGCAGCAGCUCCGAGUCAGAGGAAGAAGGGGAGAAAGGGAAGUUGAAGAAGAAGAAAUGCACCUCCAGCUGCUCUUCCUCUUCAUCAUCCUCCUCUGGUUCCUCGUCAUCUUCCUCGUCGUCAUCCUCCUCCUCCUCCUCUUCAUCCACUGAUGAUUCCUCCUGCAGCUCGGAUGAGGAGAGGACCCCCACUCCCCCGCCGGCCCCUGUCACCCCACCUCCCGCACAGGACAAACAGAAAGAACUGAAGAAAGAAGAGGAAGAGGAGGUGAAGAAGGAGGCAGAGGUAAAGGUAAAGGUAGAGGAGGAAGAGCCACCUCCUCCCUCUCCCUCUCCUUCUCCUUCCCCUCCAGCCUCACCCGCCCCGACUCCUCCUCCUCCCACUAAACCUGCCAAACCAGCCACUGGAAAGGGCUCCGGGCAAAGGGGUCGUCCUCCGAAGCCGAAGCCCAGCGGAGGUGAGGGGAAGGUGGGGAGGCCCAAGCGGAGGGAGGGGGUUCACCUGCCCACAACCAAGGAGCUGGCCAAGCGCCAGAGGCUGCCCAGUGUGGAGAACAGACCCAAAAUCUCAGCCUUCCUUCCAGCCAGGCAACUCUGGAAGUGGUUUGGGAAACCCACACAGAGACGCGGCAUGAAGGGCAAGGCCAAGAAGCUCUUCUACAAGGCCAUCGUGCGCGGCCGCGAGAUGAUCCGCAUCGGUGACUGCGCCGUGUUCCUGUCCGCCGGCCGGCCCAACUUGCCUUUCAUCGGCCGCAUCCAGAGCAUGUGGGAGUCCUGGGGCAGCAACAUGGUGGUGCGAGUCAACUGGUUCUACCACCCGGAGGAGACCAACCCCGGCAAGAAGCUCACAGACAAGAAGAACUGGGAUCAGAUGUGCGGUCAGUCCUUACCUGCAGCCCUGCACUCCUCCAUCCAGAGAAAAGACUUCAUGGAGCGCGCCCUGUACCAGUCGUCCCACAGCGACGAGAACGACGUGCAGACGGUCAGCCACAAGUGCCUGGUGGUGAGCGUGGAGGAGUACGAGCAGAUGACGCACACUCGCCGCUACGCCGACAGCGAGGACCUCUACUACCUGGCCGGCACCUACGAGCCCACCACCGGCAUGAUCUUCAACACCGACGGAGUCCCCGUCAUCUGCUGAGCACGACGCCGCGGGGCCGCCGGAGCCCCCGUCGCGACCCGAUUGUGACCUCACAACGAGAAAAAAGAGCGAGCCACGGUCUUCAGAAAGGACGAGUCUAAUCACUGACCUUCAUUCAGGAUGGGACUUUUCACAGCCCUGACUCAACGAAACUCACUCCUCGGAUGAUAUGAACUGUCACGAACAGCUUCGACUACAAAGACGGGAGACACUACGGACAGUAUUACAAGGAACAAGUCUCCUGAAACUUGUGCGCACACACACACACACACAUACACACAUACGCAAACAUCGUUCAGUACCUACUGACAAGUGUUCAUGGGAAAGGUGGAAGGGUUUAGAUUCGGAAUCGAAACACUUCUGAGCACUUCAGUCUCCUUUUACGUGUAAAUACCACACAUAAAAACACACACACACACACACAAACAGACGCUUGUAAAUACUCACUCCCGUAUAACACACACACACACACACACACAGAUAUAUAGACGAAAAUACGAGUGUUUUAUUUUCAUGUAAUAGAUUUAUGUGAGAGUACUUUUUUCUAAAGAGGUAAACAGACAAGAAGCUUUAAUGAACUGUGAAUGAUCCGACAGGAGAGAGGGAGUGUCUGUCCGUCCGUCUGCC